AUGUUUGCGGACGAGCUCCAAAAGAAUGCCGCCCAACAAAGGGCUGCCGAAAACCGCCAACGGCGCUUGAAAAUCAAACAGCAACAAGCGAAAGCUUCGUUCGCAUCCACUUCACCGACAAAUGCUUUCAAAGCCAAAGAAACAAGUACAGCGACGUCCGUUACUAUUACGGAUGCGUCGACGCUACCGGUUAAGACGGAAACAAACCAGACAAUCCCCUUUUCCUCCGGGACUUCGAUUUCUGCCGUGACCAAGGCAUCGCAGGAACGCGCCCGACGAGCUAACCAAGUGAGAGAACACCAGCGUGCCGUCCAAAUUCAGAGCAGGGCUCGGGGAUGCAUCACUCGCGAUCGAAUGCAACGAAAUAUUCGUGCCGAUCUCGUCAGUAAAAUGUACGACUUGAGGUCCGUCCGCGAUCUACUUUCGCGGUCCCAGAACAUCACUACGUAUAUCCCGCCUCCGGCUACAACAACGACACUAGUCCGCAGCCUCUGGUUCAUCACAUCCCGUCGUGAAAGUCAGGGCCAUACUUCUGUUCCGUGGGGAAGUAGGCGAGUGAUCGUGUGGAACGAUCGCCAAGAUGUCAUCUUGCUGUCGCAGGUUUUACAGUAUGCCGUAACUCCGGGCUUGCAAAGCCCGGACGAAAACGUCAACCCUUUUGCAUGCUGGAAUUCUUCGGAAGAGGGAAAUUACCGGAUGAAGUUUGUGAUGAGGAUCAUUCUAGUGGCCCUGGUUGAUCCAAGUGUGGAGCCGUUGGUUGGGAAUGACGUGUUUGAUGCCUGUCAACAGUGUUUGAAGGCUGUCAUGGCCGUACCGCGAUCGAUUUCUUCUCUGCAGGCUUUGUCAGAUUGCCGCGUUACAGUUUUUCGAACAUCUUGGGAUUGGUUGUUGCCAAACCAAACGGAGGCAGGGCCCCGAACACGGCUUACCACUACGACCACAGCCUCGCAACUUCAUCAACCUUGUGCAUAUUUCUCAUCCCCCUUGGAUAUGCUGUCAAUUUGGCGACACUAUUUACUCUUUACAGUUGCCGGUCCCAAACCUAUUCCACCCAUGCUGGACUUGAAUCGAGAAACCUGCGUGUCUCACUUACGUAAACAACGUAUAGGAGUGUGGAUCCGUAACGUUUGUGAUGCAGUGGAACAAGCGAGUGAUCACGAUGCAAGGGGUGACUUUUUGAUGAUUCGUCUCGUUCGCGAGAUUUAUACUAUUCCGCUCUUGACGUGGAAAGUAUCAAAUGAGCUCUUGGCAUACUGGGUCACAUCGUCGGGGACAAAAGGUUGUCCAUUCGUGUCCGCCUUGCGACUUUUUGGCGAUAAAGGCGACGGCUUGCUUCAAAAUGACGGCGUCGAAAAUUUGUUUCCGUUCGACGAUGUGCCCAUGACGGUAUGUCCUGCCACGCCGACACAAUGCUUCUUAGCCAAUGUGGUCCAGCUAGGCCUUCUAUGUCCUACGCUGAAUGGUACUGACAGUCUUAAGCUGGACUUUGGAGCUGCCGUGGUGUUUUUUAAUCUCAUUACAGUUUUGGUACAAGCCAUUCCUUUAGCUACAUUCUCCUCCCGUGACUCGGCCGUUGUCUGGGUUGACGGAGUAAAUGGUCAUACGAUCCCAAUUGUCUUGUCGAAGAGCGAUAAGGAUUUAAAACACGAGAAGGACAUGCUGGAGGUGGGAAGCUCGUCGGCAGCAAGUUUGGCAGCCAAAGAAGCACGUGUGGACCGCAAUAAGAGCUUUUGGAACUCUUCAAAAUGGGCGCGGAAGCUAACAAAGGGCAUGUCAAGCCUGCUGGUCGGUGAGGACGCCAAAAAGCGAGCGGCCAAGAAUUUGAAACCGUCGUCUUUAAGGAAUCAGUCUACGGUUUCGCGCAACCUAGCGGAAGGGGUGGAAGGUGAUUGUAGCGAUAUCGGGACCAUUUUCUCAACUAACAUUGUCCCACGAUCCGACUAUACAGUGACAUUUUUGUUUUGCUUGUGUCGCUGCUUCUCUGUUGUCGUGGCACGAUGGGGUGGCGCUGGGAACGAUGAUAUGCUUCUUAGUCAGAACAGGGAAUCCGCCAAGGGCGAAUUCCCCAAGGCUUGCAUAAGAGCGGAACCAUUCGUUGUUAUUAUUUUGAACGCCCUGUGCUUUUCUACGCCAUUUGUGCAAUGUGCGUGGGGAAUCAUGCAGUCAGACCGUCGGAUUGCAUCCCAAAUUCACAGCAUUGUCGAGAUGGAUGAGGGCAAAUCUUUCAUACGGUGUUUGGACAUGCAGACUGGCCUUACUGGGAUAUCUAGUGGAAUUAGCGACUUAGACGGGGCAGCGUUGCUGUUUAUGUUUGCUGUAGUGUUGUCACACACCUUGAUUAUUACAGACGACGUUGAAAUCCACGACAUGGACCGCCCUUUGCCCAAACAUCAACUAAGACGUGUCAUUCAGCUUCUCAAAAAGCUCUUGUAUCGGGCUUGCUGCAUCGAUUCGACAAGUCUUUCUGUUCAUUCUAAUUACUUUGGAGUAGCUCUGAUAUCGGCCUCGUCAAGGGCCAUGCGUGAUUUGUAUGAUCGUUCAAGUCGGAGGCCAAUCUGUGUACCCAAGCUAUGGCUGCUGCCAAACCUGUUGGAAAAGGAUCUCUCGAAAUGCAACUGCCAUGCCGAAUAUGUAGCGUUGCUCUCGACACCCGUGUUGCGUAUGUGUCCGUUUCUUGUUUCUUUUAAGCGAAGACUUAAACUCUUUGAACGAAUCGUGACUACGAAUCGAGUAGAAAUUCAAGGAGAGAAAUGUCUGACAACGGUAAGGGCCUUCAAUAUACUGUUUUAG